AGCAGAAUUGCGAUACAGCAGGGAGGAAGCGAAGCUAGUAAGUAUAUUUAGCAAUUGAUAUAAUAAGCAACGGUGUGAUGUCUAAUAUACCUAUAAUAUUUCUCCGCAGUGCUAAUUCUACACCGGCCGUCACUUCCGAAGUGCGUGAUACUGCAGCAUCGCAAUCACAACACCGACGACGAUGCGUUCGUAUCCUAGGAAGAAGGUACGCGCUGACAACGACGGAACACAAGUAUUUGGAAGUUGGCAUAAACGUGGGAUAUGGUCCGAGUCACAUGGAGAUUGCUGUGGGAGACAAACGUGGGAAUGAAUUGAUCCUCGGAAUGGCAACCUGGAAAGGUCUCGUGGAACAUCAGCAUUUAAUCCAGGAGUAUUUUUCCAAAACUGAUAAACGACCCGUAGAUCCCAUAUAUAUCGGGCCGCUAACUGUAGAAUUUAUUACGUUUAACGAUACGAAGUGUGUUCGGUUCGAAGCAACAAACGUGCGAUCAAUAAUGAUGGCAUCGACACUAACAACUCUGUUUAAUCUCGAUAAAUGUAUCGAUUACAUGUACAAUUGGUUAGUGAGCUGCACCGACCAUGUAGAUGACAAGUACGAACAGUUCUGUAAGAUCGCACGUUGCGUAGAUAAUCCUAAUGACAUAACCGUUGCCAUACAAAACAGCGAAUAUUUCAAUGACAAGGAACUUAUCAAUUGUGAGUUAUUGGCAUUAGCCUUUUAAAAUACGUUGUUAAUAUGUAACAAAUAUAUGCAAUAAAAAAACAUUUACUCCUAAACGUUGUAGUGCACUUUUCUACAGUCCUCAGUUAUUCGCAUAGGUUAUAUAAGUAUCAUAGAAGGUAUCAAAACCACGCGAUCACAUUUUUGUGUAGCCUCAUGAAAUAGUAGGUAUAUCAUCACAUUGAGACACGUGCAACUUAAGCUGCAAAAUAUGCGAGCACAUUCGAUAUAGCCUCGCAAGAUAUUUUAGAUGCGGUAAGGAAAAUUUUUCAACACGUGUGCAUUAGAGUGAGACAAAAGAUAUAGGGUGGUAAAUCAUAUAAUAGGGAACUAUAUGCAAUAGCAUAUCAGUAUACGUGUCAGAAGUGCCGCAUGUUACAUUGGUCACGUUGAAGGAGUGGAAAGGCGAAAAAAAUGGAGAACCUCACUCAAUUAGAACAGAACAUUGUGGCACAAUCAUUGCGUGUAUCAAACUUGGGUGAAUAUUUCGCAUGGACACAACAGUGUGAUGACCUUAUCGAGCAAUUGGAAGAACGCAGUCGCGACGCCAAGCAGCCGCGACUCUCUAUCGGAAACAAACAGUCCUUAGUAGCUCGAAUCGCGCGGCUUGAGGGACUGAAGAAGCGAUUAGAAAAACGCUUUAUCCAUAUUGGUGGCGAGUAUGCAGGGUGGAAUAACGGUGUCGAAGAACUCUCUUGGCGAGAGAUAGAGACCGCGUUCGAGAGCCGCAUUUUAACCGGUGCUGUGAUAAAUUCCGGCUAUAUCGAACCACGGCGAUUUCUGGAAGACGCUAGUAUCAUAGUGCUCGAUUACGUGCAAAAGGUAAUAAAUGAACAUGACAGUGUGAAAUUGAAUACCGUGUUCAAUGGCGAGUUUGUGGCGGGUGAGAAGACUGCCAAUAAAAGUAUCAAUACGCGAAACCGAGCACUCUUUCGUACGUCCAAUCUGAAAGAGUGGUUUGCACGAUACGUUAUCGAGCCCACCUUGGCGUCUCUUGAAGAAUUCCAGGAACGCGACAGUGGAUGGGCGUUGUCGCGUAUACUGGACUUGACGGUUAACGUUAACAAAUAUAACCCUAUGCACGCGGGAUGUCACGUCAAAUUGCCGAAGAAAAUUAUGGCGAAGAAAGCAGUGGUAAACGUGCAAAGUAACGAUGUCGCAUGUUUUGCAUGGUCAGUGGCUGCCGCUCUGUACCCGGCAAAAAGACACGUAGAGCGGCAAUCAUCGUACCCCAUUAUACCACAGUACUCAAUCUCCAAGGCAUAGAAUUUCCUAUGACAUUGAAGCAAGUCAACAAGUUUGAAGAGCUCAACAAUGUCUCAAUCAACAUAUACUAUAUGAAUGAAUGUCGGAAACAAAAAAAUGAAAAA